UGUCAAUCACACAAAGCAAAGUAGCAGCGAAGAUGUUGAUGUAGCGAUGAAACUCCGGUAUUACUGUCAAAAAUUAUAUGUAGCUAAAAGGUUAACGUUAAAACGCAGAGUGCGGUUUAAUACGGUUAUAAAUGCGAUUUAAAAGCUAGCGUUUAACGCAUUUGGCCUUAGUGUGUAUGCUCGGCUAAGCUAGCUAACUCUGUUCUAACAUUAGCUAGCUACAACUGGACUAAACUGAAACAACAGAGUGAUGUCGGCCAAAAUAAGCGCAAGUAAAGGCAAAGACAGCGGAGAAGUGAUUAAAAACUACCACAAACAGGCGUUUGAGUACAUCUCCAAGGCGUUAAGGAUCGAUGAGCAGGACACAGGGGAGAAACAGGAGGCUGUGCGCUGGUACAAGAAGGGCAUCGCAGAGCUGGAGAAAGGCAUCGCAAUAGAGAUCAGUUUGCAUGGGGAUCAAUAUGAACGAUCGAAAAGGCUGCAGGAUAAAAUGGUCAACAACCUCAGUAUGGCCAAGGACAGACUGGCCCUGUUAGAGGCGACGCUGGCAUCUAAAGGGUCUGAAGCCCCCAGGAGCCCCCCUCUGUGUCCUGCUCCGCCUAAAUCUGCUCCAAAGACCCAGCCAGCGGCUCGCGGCCUUUCCAGUAACCUCAGACCCUCCACCACCAUCAGGCCGGCAUCCAGACUCAGCGACACUAAGGCGACUCCAGGUGCAGGACGGGCUCAGAACGGACGACCUGCAGCCGUCAAACAGCCUCCAAAAAGAGACAUGAAGAACUUCAAGAACGUGGACAGUAAACUGGCCAAUCUGAUUCUGAAUGAAAUUGUCGACAGUGGUGCUUCGGUGUCGUUCACUGACAUCGCCGGACAGAAACUGGCCAAACAGGCGCUGCAGGAGAUCGUCAUCCUGCCCGCCCUUCGACCAGAGCUCUUCACCGGCCUCAGAGCUCCGGCCCGUGGUCUGCUGUUGUUCGGACCGCCAGGAAACGGGAAAACCAUGUUGGCCAAAGCCGUCGCUGCAGAGUCCAAAGCCACGUUCUUCAACAUCAGCGCCGCCAGUUUGACGUCCAAAUACGUCGGCGAAGGCGAGAAGCUGGUUCGAGCCUUGUUCGCAGUCGCCAGAGAGUUACAGCCGUCUGUCAUCUUCAUUGAUGAAGUGGACAGUCUGCUCUGUGAACGGAGGGAGGGAGAACACGAAGCCUCUCGACGAUUAAAAACCGAAUUCCUCAUCGAGUUUGACGGAGUCCAGUCCGGAGGAGACGACCGUGUCCUGGUGAUGGGCGCCACCAACAGGCCACAGGAACUGGACGAAGCUGUGCUCAGGAGAUUCGCUAAAAGGGUUUACGUGGCUUUACCGGACGAGGAGACCAGGUUCAUUCUGCUGAAAAACCUCCUGGGAAAACACUCCAACCCACUCAGUAAGAAUGAACUGUCCCAGUUGGCAAAAUCGACUGCAGGAUAUUCAGGAAGUGACCUGACAUCAUUGGCCAAAGACGCUGCACUCGGACCAAUCAGAGAGCUGGGACCAGAACAGGUGAGGAGUAUGGCAGCCAGCGAGAUGCGAAACAUCAGGAUGAAGGACUUCGAGGACUCUCUGAAGCGGAUCAAACCCAGCGUCAGUCCUGCCACUCUGAACAUGUACACCAAGUGGAACAAGGACUUCGGAGACACGACGGCGUUCUGAAUCUGAAUCUACGGCGACAGUGUGAACAGACUGAAAAACCCAACGGGGACGGAGCGGUCGCCUCGGCGGGUACGGGAGGUCAGCCACCACCCAAACAUCCACUUCUAAACCUGAAAGCGCUCCUUCUAGGCGGCUGAAAAACCUCCACGACGAAGGGAUAAUAACCCAGCUGGACCCUGAAGCAUUAUGCGAACGUUUCCUGUUUUAUGGGAAAACUUUGCGAGUGGGAUUUUUACGACUUCAUGGGUUUAUUUACUGGUUGGAAUCUUCCUCAACAAUAUUUAUUUACAAGAAUGUCCUGCAAAAUAACUCAUGGUAUGUCUUAAAGUGUCCUCCAGGGGGCGCCAGGUUACUGUAAAUUCACACACAGCCUCUCAGACGCUUUGGAAACAAGGUUUAGACCUGAGGUUUAUGCAGAAAGGGAAUGUAACGGCAAUAAUUACAGUUAUUGAAGCUGAAAUGCAGUGAAAAUUACAGCAGUUUAUAACGGACACGAAACAAUCUGAUCACAAUCAAAUAUGUGGAAAACUGAAAGAGGAAUGUUUGGAAAUGAUUAACACAUUUUAGAGAUUCAAAUAAUUAAAGUUAAGAUGAUGCAAAGUGUUUAAUUACCCAACAAAAUAACUGUGAUGAAGACGAUGAGAGUCAGUGUUCAGUUCAAACCAGUCCAGCUGAGAGCGAUAAUCAGACAUUUAUCGCAAUAAAUGUCAAUUAUUAUGUUUGUACAGUUUAAAGGCAGAUUUUUCAGCCUCUGGGAAAGAAAUCAGACAGUCAUUUUACCCAUAAAAGACAAAAACAGGACCGAGAAAAGGUACAAUGUGGAGAAAAAGCACUUCUGUUAUCUUGUUUAGUUCAUUUUCUUUAUUUAUCAUAUAAACACACAUCAUGUAAAAGAUAGAUCAAGAUGAAAACAAAGUAAAAGUUGUGAUUUCAGGCUUAUUUAGUUAAUUUAUGUUGAUUUUCACAGUGUUAAAUCAAAGUACUUAAAAAGGACAUGAUGCAAAAUAAGCAAUAAGAUGAAAAAUAUGAUUAAAAAGGAAGAUUCAUGUAAAAGCUGUAACAAGAUGCAACAAAUGAAACAAAAAUGCAUUCAACAAGAUGAAAACAAAGUAAAAGAUGUGAUUUCAGGCUUAUUUAGUUCGUUUAUUCCGAUUUUUACAGCAUUAAAUCAAAGUGAUCAUAAAGGAAGUGAUGUAAAAUAUCCAAUAAGAUGUAAAUGAUGAUUAAAAAAAAGGAAAGUAAUACAUUUAACAAGAUGAAAACAAUGUAAAAGAUGUGACUUCAGGCUUAUUGAGUUCAUUUUUUUGAUUUUCACAGCAUUAAAUCAAAGUAAUUUAAAAGGAAAUGAUGCAAAAAUAAGUAAUAAGAUGAAAAAUAGAAUUAAAAAAAGGAAGAAUAAUGAAAAAGCUCUAACAAGAUGCAAUAAAUGAGACAAAAAUACAUUCAACAAGAUGAAAACUAAAUAAUAGAUGUGAUUUCAGGCUUAUUGAGUUCAUUUAUUCCGAUUUUUACAGCAUUAAAUCAAAGUGAUCAUAAAGGAAGUGAUGUAAAAUAUCCAAUAAGAUGUAAAUGAUGAUUAAAAAAAAGGAAAGUAACAUAAAAGCUGUAACAAGAUGCAACAAAUGAGACAAUAAUACAUUUAACAAGGUGAAAACAAUGUAAAAGAUGUGGCUUCAGGCUUAUUGAGUUCAUUUUUUUGAUUUUCACAGCAUUAAAUCAAAGUAAUUUAAAAGGAAAUGAUGCAAAUAAGUAAUAAGAUGAAAAAUAGAAUUAAAAAAAGGAAGAAUAAUGAAAAAGCUCUAACAAGAUGCAAUAAAUGAGACAAAAAUACAUUCAAAAAGAUGAAAACUAAAUAGAUGUGAUUUCAGGCUUAUUUAGUUCAUUUAUGUUGAUUUUUACAGCAUUAAGUCAGUGAUCAUAAAGAAAGUGAUGUAAAAUAUCCAGUAAGAUGUAAAUGAUAAUUAAAAAAAAAAGGAAAGUAACAUAAAAGCUGUAACAAGAUGCAACAAAUGAGACAAUAAUGCCUUCAACAAGAUGAAAACUAAAUAAUAGAUGUGAUUUCAGGCUUAUUGAGUUCAUUUAUUCAGAUUUUUACAGCAUUAAAUCAAAGUCAUAAAGAACGUGAUGCAAGACGAUGUAAAUGAUUAAAUACAAGAAAAAUAACAUAAAAGCUUUAACAAGAUGCAACAAAUAAGACAAACUCACACCUGUAGUUGUUAUUCAGUCAGAUUAAAAGCAGUGGUUUGUGAUUUUAACUGUUCUUCAAACACUUUAGAACAUUUUACUGAUGUACAGGAAGAACAUUCACCAGGAUUAUAACGAUCUGAUACUUUUAUAUUUCACUUCUUAUGACUCAUUUAUAUUAAAAUCAUUGCUUUAUAAUGUGAUUAAAAGUUAGUGUCAGUGUUGACUUUAAAUGGACUUAAAGAUGAAGUCGAUGCAGAAAAAGCACCAAACACGUUCAAAUCUGCUCUUAUUAACAGGUGCGAACAUCGUCUGUAUCAGUUUCAGAAUUCAGCAGAAAAGAUGAACUACACGGACGUAGAACUAUUAUCAUGAUACGUUCUACAGCAGGAGGGUUAAACUCCAGUGGAUCAGACCAG